CUGCAAUGGCUCAAGCUGGCUUCGACCGCCGACGCAUCAAUGGCCCUGAGGAGUCGUUUCCGCCUCAGUAUGAGGAUACAGAAGAGCCGUCUUGGACUCUAGGCCAACCUAGACAAGACCGUGCCGCCUCCGACAUCAGACCUAUAUUUUUGCAAACGGGGUUCAUCAGCCAGGCUAAUGGAUCUGCUUACGUGGAGACCGCCAAAACCAAGCUUGCUUGCGCAAUAUAUGGUCCGCGACAAAACAAAGCAAGCGCAGCAUACAGUGAGCAUGGUCGCUUGAACGUGGAGGUGAAAUUCGCUCCGUUUUCGUACCCGCGUCGCAAAGCGCCAUUGCGCGAUGCGGAGGAUCGAACAAUUGCGGAAACGAUACAUCAAGCACUGGCUUCGUCAGUACGACUGGAGCUUUUGCCGAAGUCAACGAUCGACGUCUUUAUCACUAUCCUUGAAAGCGAUGGCAUCGAGGGGUGCACUGCGACGGCAUCGACUGCAGCAAGUGCUGCAUUAGCAGACGCGGGGAUUGAGAUACUCGGUCUUGUCACUGCAUGCUCAGCGGCUAUCAUAGGGGAAGAAAUUUGGCUAGAUCCCACCGAAGCCGAAUCAAAACAAGCCACCGGUUCAGUCUCGUUGGCGUAUCUGCCAGCUCUCGAUCGCGUAACCACUGUGUUCCAGUCAGGGCAGAUGGACGUCUCGAUGGCCAUUCGGUGCAUGGAGCAAUGUCAACUACGGUGUAAAGACAUCCAUACGAUAGUUGCACAAUCCCUGUUGGAUAGUCAUAAACCAUGAUUUGCAUGCA